CUAUAAAAAGACGAUUAGCCUAAAUAUUACUUCAGAAAUGAAGUUACUUGCAUUACUCUUGGUUCUUGUUUGCGUAGUUGGGUUGGUCCAUUCUUGGGAAUGGCCGUGGAACAGACAAAAGAAACCUUGGGAGAGGCCUAGGUUCCCGAUUCCUAACCCCAAUCCUCGUGAUAAGUGGUGCCGUCUUAAUCUGGGUCCAGCCUGGGGAGGAAGAUGCUAAAGUAUAUUUCAUGUUAUAAAGAUUCACAGCUGCAUUAUCCGGAUAAAGUUUCUGCUAUUAAAGCGUAACAUAUGAAAGGCAUAAA